AUGACCAUCCCCAACGAUAACUCCAUUGAUAACCAGUCAGCCCAUCCGCGCCAAAGUACCUGCUACAACAGCAAGUAUUUAGCAGAAUACUACGACUUGUGGAUUGGGAACUGGGAGGAUGUCCAACUAUAUUCCCGUCUGCUCGCGGAGAUGGUGUCCCGCAACAUUUCCGCAAAUCCAGUGAGGGUACUGGACGUGGGCACAGGCUCAGGGCGGAUCAUCCACGGCCUGGCGAGCGCCCAGCACCAGAAACAGGGCACCAAAUGCCAGUCUGCAGUGCACUUCCUGGGCCUAGACAACGAACAGCAUAUGUUAGAUCGAGCUCACCUCCUCACCGACCCAUCCCAUGUCGAUCAAAUGACCUGGGUGCUAGGUUCGGCAGAGGAAUUGGGAUCCUUGCCUGCCUUGCAGCAUUCCGACGGGUCAGGUGGGCUCAUCGACAUGAUAGUGUUUGCCUGCGGCAGUAUCUGCCAUCUAUACGAAGCCGACCAAGGCAGCCGGUUCUUCGCGCAGAUAGCCAAGGUUCUCAAGCCAACCACUGGGCGCGCGUACAUCUCCGUGCUGAGAGCGCUCACCGACGGCGGCGAGCCGCUCGCCCGCGCUAUGGAGCCCUCGGAGCCAAUUGUCACGCCGAGCAAGGAAUUCCCUGGCAUCUUCUACCGUGAGACCUGGCCCGCACAUGGACUCAUCGGAAAAGUGUGGCAUACUACUCGGCAUAUUGUUGUCUCGGAGAGGUUGGCGGAUGGACAGGAGGUCGUCGUCGAAGACAACUUGGAUAGUCGCAAAGUUGGAGUGUGGACUGAGGCCGAUGUGAGGGCUCGUGCUGCUGCGGCUGGCUUGAAAGUGGUGGAUAUUUUGGACCAUCAGAAUGACUCUACCCAUGGAGAGCGCAUCUUCGUUCUAGGGACCCUUGCAUGA